UGCCAAUCAAAUUGUCGCGACGAAGUAGGCUGUCCCGUGGCUUUGGAAUCUCUGUUUAUGUUAUUUUCCUAAAUUCUUUCCUACUCAUAAAUAUUUGGAUAUCCCGAAACAACAAAUGGUGAUGUUUCGUAUGUGAUAAGUAUAUUCUGAGUGUUAUUAUCAUAAACUGGUUAGAUCAUCUAUUUAUCGGGUUGAGAUAUCGGAAGAUUGACGAUUGAUUAGUGCAGUCUGGUGAAGUAAAAAUGGCAGCAUAUUCUUAAAACAUUUCUUAUUAGUGCCUUUUGAAAACGUACAAAUAUUUUCGAAACGGUUGUGGAGCGGUGCGUUUUUACCUGUAGUAUAGAAUGUUUGAAACGUGGGGGAAAGGCAGUCGAUGAGAUGGACAGAUUCAGGCGGACCUGCGGGUAUGCUCUGUGAACGCCUGCCCCGGCCCUGUCAGGACUGGAAAAGAAAAGGAGAAAGAAGCUCCACUUGAUACUGACUAAUCUGAAAACCGUGUCUUGGUGCCUGGUUCGGUGCCAUAUAUAUAGAUCCUUCUGUUUCCAUUGUGUCUCCACAAAGCUUCACUUUGCACUGGCUGAAAUAUGUAGACAGCUGUGCUUCCCCUUUAAUUUUUGCAAAUGAAAAUGGAGGAUAUGUCUCUGUCUGGCCUGGACAACACCAAGCUGGAGGCCUUAGCUCACGACAUAUACUCUGACCUGGUGGAGGACGCUUGCCUGGGCCUGUGCUUCGAGGUGCACCGCGCCGUCAAGCAGGGCUACUUCUUCCUGGACGACACGGACCAGGAGAGCAUGAAGGACUUCGAAAUCGUGGACGAGCCGGGGGUGGACAUAUUCGGGCAGGUGUACAACCAGUGGAAGAACAAGGAGUGCGUCUGCCCCAACUGCAGCCGGAGCAUCGCGGCCUCGCGCUUCGCCCCCCACCUGGAGAAGUGCCUGGGCAUGGGCCGCAACAGCAGCCGCAUCGCCAACCGCAGAAUAGCCAGCAGCAACAACAUGAGCAAAUCGGAAAGCGACCAGGAGGACAACGAUGACAUCAACGACAACGACUGGUCAUACGGGGCGGAAAAGAAAGCUAAGAAGAGGAAGUCAGACAAGAAUCCGAAUUCGCCCAGAAGAUCGAAAUCUUUGAAGCAUAAAAACGGAGAGCACAGCAGUAGCGUCAACUCGGAGACUUACAAGUACAACUACAACUGCGGCAUCAGCUACGAAACCUUGGGCCCGGAUGAGCUGAGGUCGCUGUUGACGACGCAAUGCGGGGUUGUGUCGGAGCACACGAAGAAGAUGUGCACACGCAGGUCACUGCGGUGUCCCCAGCACACGGACGAACAGAGGAGGACCGUCCGGGUGUUCCUCAUGGGGCCGUCUGCGGCAACGCUGCCUGACCCUGACACAGUGGCAGAGAGCGAUGGCUUUGACGCCUCAGAUGGGCAGACUCUGAUUGGCCGGCUGCAGUGGGAUGGGUCGGACAUCUCUCCCUCUGACUCCGCCUCCUCCAAAGCAAGCACUAAUAACUCAGACUCCAAGAAGCCCAAGAAGAAAAAGAAGCCAUCGCUGGGCCUGGGCGGUGGCGGGGGAGGCGGGGGCGGGGCCAGCAGUGGAGGAGGCGGGGCCAGCGGCAGCUCGCAGGGAAGCCUGAGCUUGUCCAAUCGCAAGAAAAAGCCCAAGCUGCCGGCUCCUCCCACCCCCAGCAUUUACGACGACCUGAAUUAGCGGGCGCGCAUUCCUCCUGCUCGUCAGUCCCGCCCCUUCCCCACGCGUAGCCCGGCAACACUGCCCCGCCCCCACCAUGACUGAGGGACAUGGCCGGGUGGGGUGUUUUUUCCGGUUCCUUCCUUGUUUAGCGAUGGACUGGCGUUCUGGGAAUGCGUUUCCUCGCGUGUCACGGUCUCCCAGCUUGCGUCUGGCGGAUGUAGCCACGCCUCCCGCGCACCACGCUGCCUGAUUCUGCCCCGUAGGCCAGAGAAGCAGGGGCGGGGGCGGGGGCGGGGGCGGGGGCAGGGACGGCGAGGCGGUACUGGGGUCUGGACAGAGAGAGCGUGCGGAUCGGUCUGUUCUACACAGCCAGUGUGUUAUAAUGCCAGUGCGUCAGUCGGCGUUCAUCCAUACUUUUAAGAGCAGGAUCUGUCAGUGCUUCGCGUAUGUAUACACAUGGUGUAUGUCGACUUGUCUCCUAUCUUGUGAUGUUGCCCCCUGCACGGGUGGACAAAGAGUCACUGAAUAUUCAUUGGAAAUGCACCGGGGUCAAGUCUGUAUGUUUGAUCCUGAAAAUUCAGAGAGUUGGCACUUCUCUUUCUGGUCACAUGACUUUAGUUACAGGACCAAUCGGCUGUUCGUGCUCCUUUCGGCGAAGCCAGAGAUUUCGUCGCGCGUCGUCGCGUGUCCAUAUGUGUGCGUGCGUGCGUGCGUGCGUGAGCGAGUUCGUACGAAAUCUAUAUCUUCGCAGCUUGCGUAUUUGUGUGCGGUGAGAACGUGUCGACGGACCGCACGCGCGUGGGUGAAGUCGCGCGCGCCGUGCGUGCUGUCGCGCGACGCUCUGUCGUGCGAGCGCCGUCGAGCGCGUGUCUGCGGCCCGCGCUAAUCUUUCGGCGCGCCGCUGGGGCGCGAGCGAUGGCACGGAAUCGCGUAGCUGCGUGGGUCGCCGCCGCGAGAUUAACGUUACGAACCGUCUGCAGCCAGGCGUCCCGGCAACAGGAUUACGGCGAGACGCGCGUCAGGGUUCCUCUGCGUACGCUGGAACGGGCGCGUACGCGUGCGCGUGUGCGCGUGCUGGGAUUUUAACGCUGGGUGCCUUCGCAGCGUAACUUGAGAUACUUUAACAGGCAAGAAUCGCAGCCUGGUCACGCGGUCGAUGUGGGGAUACUCCGCGAACGCAUUCGGAAAAAAAGGUAGCCAAAAAUGCGGUAUGUCAAGGGAUGCUUUUGAUUGACAGGAUGAUGGAGGAGGCCUGAGUGGAGUGUGUGUGUGUGUGUGUGUGUGUGUGUGUGCGCUUGUAAGUGAAAGCGUGUGUUUGUGUGUGUGUGUUUGUAUGCAAGAGAGUAUGCGUCCUUGUGUAUGCAUGCGUGUCUGCGUAUGCGUGAAUACAGCUCGCGAUAAUGUAUGGAGAGUUCCCUUCACCUCACAGCAGUUUCAGUCAGUGCAUUGGUGCUGGUGUAAUGAUAGGAAAAAGACCCUCAAAAAGAGAAGAGAUAUAUUUUUCCAUGCUCAUGCAUCUGUGCGCAUGCUUGUAUUGUAUAUGAUUAUCAUGAUGUACAGAAAAGUGUCCAGAAAUGUUUUUUGUUGUCUCUGCAUAUAAAGUACUGUGGCGUCUUUUUCGACUGAAUAAAUCCAAGUGGCAGUUA